AUGGCGGAGCGCACGGGGUCUAGUCCUCCCGACUCGUUGGCAAGACGGCAUUACGGUUCCGAUGAUCAGCUAGAUUGGGAUGCAGGAGGCAUGCCGGACGCAGGUGAAGGCAUAGUAGCGGUGCGCGUUUCCGAGGGUGCACGGGCCACGUCCACCGUAGGCAGAGAAAUUGGUAAGUUGGUCCUUCAAAGGAGCCAGGCGCGCGGAGCUGAGGUGGGGAAGCGUGGCGAGGAUGCGAAGGAGGGCGAGGUCAAGGGGAUCGGACGGGAGAGCGGGCAAAUGCACAUUAGGGCGUGGACUUAUCGCCCUGCGCUCAAUGCGGAAGGGUCGAUGCGCGGUAUCCUCGCGCAGCAUAGGCCGAUUCUUGUGCAGAGCACCGGGGCGUACAUGCAUGAGCCCCGUGCGCCGUGGAGAGACACAACGAGUGACUGUGUGAGGGAGUGUUCGAGGGAGACGGAAGGCGGCACGCGCGAUCCAGGUGGAACGGGCGAUAGGGGCAGUGAUGCGGAUCCUCAGGGCUACUAUGAACAGGGCGGUGGCAUGCGGGCUCCGUGCCAGCGGGCGCGUUGGGCACUCUCGAGGGCGCGGAUGCGGGAGAUAGAGCCUUGGGCGGCGCAGCCGCAUUCGCAGCAUGAAGGCAACGGAUCCGCAAUGCCAACCGAAAAUAGUGCGGUAUGGACGAAGCAAGUGGGAUGCACGCUUGCCAUACGCGGACCCGCUUUGCAGAUUGCGGAUGUGCCACCUGGGCCCAUCCACACCGCAUACAUCGACGCUGGUCUGCGCCUACACGAACGGUGGUCGCGGAUGCCUCACCCAGGUCGAGGCCCAACGCACGCAUCAACGCUGACCUGCAGAGACUGCCGUCCCCAUCGCCUCUGUCGCGCUCUGAUGCCAUCGUCGUGGCGUUGUGAUUUUGCGCGGAUUUCGAUUGCGGUGAGGGACACGCCGCCGAUGCUCGCGCUGCUCUUCGCGCGAAGAGCCAAGCCGCACACUGAGGAACACGAGGAUGACCGCUCCCGCGCAGGGAGUGUGCCGGGUGUGGAACAAACCCCAGCUGGUCGUGUCUGGGCGGCGCUUGACAAUGCGGAGGCGGAAGAAGAGAGCAUGCAGGGCGGAGAGGAGGGAGACGAGCGCCAUGGGCGCGCGGACGACGGUGAGGACAUUGCCCGUUUCGAGCAUGCCGUCGGUGUUGAUGUCCACGGAGACGAUGGAUGGGAGCACGCUCUUGAGGGAGUCGGCCUUGGCAAGGCCGCUGACAAGUACUGGCAUCCCAUUCGCGAAGGAAAUUGCGAGGGCGGCAACUUGAAGGCGGGCGUGGGCGGUCGCGACAGGCAUUGUUGCGGGCGUCACGGUGAGUCGGAUUUCUGCAAUGUUGAGGUUAGUCAGCGCCGUUUCAUUAAGGACAUGACCGCGGAUGAUUCACCCGGGCCGAUCCCCAACGCGCACAUCGACGCUGGUCUGCAGAGGCUAGUCUCUGCGCGCGCAACACGUAGCCCUUCUUCAGGCAGAAGCUCAUGCACGGCACAACGGCACGCCCAAGCGGUCCCAGCAGUGGUCAAAAAUAAUGGGGACUUAACUUGCUUCAGAGCCGUUCGUGUCACCGGCGAGCUCCUUGUUUACACUUCUCCGAGUCACCUUGUGCUCUCGUGCACCGUCUUCACAGCUCCAAUAGGCAAUCAAGACAGUCGCCAACAAGCUCAGAGAGGGUUGAAGGCCGUGGAAUGA